AUGGGAAGUAAUUAUACGCCUCGGUUCGUUCAGUCAGGUAUUCGCGUCUUGUAUGCGCGCACCUAUCAAAAGCGUAAGCAGUCGCAAACUGGUAGGUUGUUCGUGGAUGUAGCUGAGACUCUUCUCAAACGUGUCUUGAAUGAUAUGAAUAAAAAGGUAAAGGGUCGUGGUGCUGAGAUAUUUAACAUUGACCCCCAAGAGCUGUUUCAAAUCAUCGAAGAUUUGGAUAUAGGCGACGUACAAUACCAAGACAGGCGUAAGUCUGAAAGGAUUGGUAAGCGUUUGCUGUGGCUCGUGACCGACGCCCUGUCUGGCAAGGAAAAGCUCGUGUUCGCUGAGGACUACGACGAGGUUCUUAAGCAGUAUGCUCUGACCAAUGAACGAGACUCUAUGGACGAGAGAAGCAAGUACAUAACCCGAUACUUCAUCCGCCCGGUAAACCCGUGGAAGGCUGUUCAACGGGUCUUGAGACCCCAGCAGGUGAUGAGCAUUUCAACUCAUUCUGAAACUGAAACAUUCGAAGACAACGACGAGGUCGACCAAGAAUCUGUAGCCCCCAGUCCCUUUAGUGACGGGUUUCGGACUCCUCGGAUUCCAGAAGAAGUUCCUCGGACUCCAGAAGAAGUUCCUCGGACUCCAGAAGAAGGAAUCGCACGAGCGUUAAAAGACGUCGGACUCGUCGCCGAGACGAAAGGCAUCCGCGGCCUCCUCCCCCCCGACGCCGUGCGAGGUGGACGCCACGAGUGCAUGAAAACCGUCGACAUCAGCAUCACGGGACUCGACAGCCGGGUGACCAGGACCCUCGGGGACGUCGUCGUCCCCCACCCGUUCAGCGGUGACGGGCGCGCGAAAUUCAACGGUCGGCGCCCCACUGCGACCCGCUCACCAGCGAACAUCCAGCCGGGCGAGUACACGCUCGAGGCGGAGAAGAAGAAGCUCGACUGGUACGGCAACAUCCCCGAGGGCCGCGGCUUCAGCCUCGUGCCCAUGGCCAUCGACACGUACGGUUUCAAGGCGCCGCGCUUCCGCAAGUUCCUUAACCAGCUCGCCGAUCACGGUGCGAGAGGUACUGUCCCCGCCGGCGACGCCGCCUCCGAGGCCGCGGCCGAGGCCACGCUCUCCGCCAUCGCGAGGAGCAAAAGCUAUUGGAAACGACACAUCAUGGGCCACAUCUCCGUCGCGCUCGUAUCCGCCAUCGGGGACCGCGUCGCUGGCGCGCCCAUCUCGUACGCGCUCAGAACCUCACGUGACUCCGAAAACUUCCACGCGGGCGCGGCAGCGCAAAUCCUUUUUAUGGAGCCCGACACUGCUGGCGAUUUCCACAUCGCCCCGGCUCCGUGCGCUCGUGAGGCUCACAUGGGUUCCAUGAAUCCCGUCGUGGGGUUGCUUACUACGUGAGAGGAUUGUUCGUAGUGCGGUCUGCUCGCUUCUAGAUCACAUGUUUUACCCGGAUGGGUUAGAGCUCAGUCUUUUUGUAAUCAGAUCUACACACUAUAAACUAGAC